AUGUCAUCGCCACUCAAAAAGCAGCCAGAGGCUGUGGCAGACAAAGUCCUCAAGCGAGUCGAGGUCAGCAAGAUUGCCCGAAGACUCCAAGGUCGUCUAGCUCUUGCGCAAUUCAAGACCAAGCACGGCUGGGAAGAUCUAACUCUCGACACCAUCGAGCCCAAGUUCGAGGAGCAAAUCCGACGAAAACGGCAAUAUGACGGCGAAGUCAUGUCCGACUCGUCCUCAAGUACCUCGGAACUACCCUAUCCCUCCUCCACCGUACUGAUGAGCUCUCCGCUCAAAGCCCCCUUCUUUUCCGACGCAAUUGGGUCCAGUAAUGGCAGUACCGGCCAUCGCAAGCGAACAUAUAUGGACACAUUUGACAUGCCGAUGUCAAGCCCGACGAAGCGGUUCCGCACCUCCCCAACCGCACGCAAGUCGUUCCAAUUGGGCAACACCACCUCCUGGAAAGAACAUCGCUCGCUGGGCAAGUCUUCGCCGAUCAAGGCACGACGGCAGCAGCAUUUUACAACUUCAAAUGGCCCUGACGUAUCAUUUUUUCAGGGCGGCCGCCGAGUCUCGCAGUGCCUCACAUCGCCCAAUUUUGCUGCACCUCCGUCAGACGAUGAGGACGAUCUCCUCCCAGCGCACUCUUUCCAAGUCGAUCACAACCGAGCAUCACCGCCACGAACACCACCAAUGCGCAACAGAGGUCUACGCAGGAAGGAGAGAAGUACGGUGAAUGGAAGCAAAACAGGCGAGGAAGGAGCAGAUUUGUUGCUAUAUCUGGCGGCAUCCCCAUCUCCUGCAGUGCCAUCGACCAAGACCAGGAUGGAGCCUCCGUCUACACCGCCCCCUAGAAAGGAGCUUGCAUUGCCUUCGUCCAUGAUGACUACACCCGGAGGAGGCAACUUGUUCCCAACGACACCUGGCCAACCAUUCGAUUUCUCCGACUUUGUCAAUAUCACGCCGAGCCCGGCGCAAAAGCCCUGGAAGACGCCGGUGGCCCUACCGUCGGCCAAGACACCCAUGAGCGUGGCCAGACGAAGGCUGACCUUUGAUGAACCUUUACACGGCCUGACAUGA